CCUCACAGGCCAGGGCGAGCCUUCAGGCUUCAUUCAGAGUGUGUGGGGGCCCAGACAUGUGAGGGCUCACCCUGCUGCAAUUUGAACUGUGGGGCAGGCUGGGCUUUGGGGAUCAGCAAGCAGCUCUGUGCUGGACAACAGCCUUAGGAGCCAUGAGGUGUUAGAAUUUUAGGGAUUGGAUGUUAGGGGAGGGGGAGGCGGCGGAGGUAGGGAGAAGGUACUCUUUCAGUCCUGUGGGCUGGCUAGGAGCUUGGCACCCAGGUCUCCAGCCUGCCAUCCCCCUUGGCCCUGGAAGUCCCCCCUUCCCCACCCUGCUGUGUUUUCUGGCAAUGGACCCAGUUGGAACCCACUGCCUGCCACUGGGGGAAGGGUGUUUGCCCGUUGCCAGGCACCCAGGUUCUAUCCGGGCAUUUGGCGCUGCCAUGCUGCUCGCACCAUCCUUUCUGCUACUGCUGUCCCUGCUGGCCCUGCCAGCUCCCUCCCACGCCUGGUCUCGGCCCCUGUGGUACCAGGUGGGGCUGGACCUACAGCCCUGGGGGUGCCAGCCCAACAGCCUGGAAGGUUGUGGAGGCAGCCUGGGCUGUCCUGGCCACUGGAUGGGCCUGGCGAUGAACCGCAUCUACCCCGUGGCUGGGGUCACGAUCACCACCACCAUGAUGCUGAUGGUGGGCCGUGCGGUGCUGCAGCGGCGGCGCUCCCAGGCUACUAAGUCUGAGCAUCCGCAGGUGACCAUGAACCCCUGUGGACCCUGGAAACGGCGGACCCCAAUCUCAGACCGUGCCUUGCUCCUUGGGGUCCUGCACAUGCUGGAUUCGCUCCUGGUCCAUAUUGAGUGCCACUUGCAGCAUAUAUCCACCCAAAAAAAGACCCAAAUAAAGGGGAGUCCCGCCCAGAGUGGGUGA